AUGCGGAAGAGGAAGUUCUCCCUGUUUGCUGCAUUCUACUCAGCCACUCUUCUUCAGGAUGUGGAUGAUGCAGUUCAGUUUGAAGUCAGUAUUGGCAACUAUGGCAACAAGUUUGACAACACCUGUCUGCCUUUGGCCUCCACCACUCAGUUCAGCAGGGCCGUGUUUGAUGGCUGCCAUUACUAUUACCUGCCAUGGGGAAAUGUGGAACCUGUGGUGGUCUUGUCUUCAGAGUGGGAAGAUGUCGGCCCUCGCAUAGAGGCCCUAAACAUGCUGCUCAGCAUAGUCGACCGAUUGGAAUCAAACCUGGAGCAGGUACAGCUGACGCUCAAAGCAAGCAGUGACGAACAGGAAGUGGAGCAGAAGGUCAUCCAGCUGCUUGAUGAUGUCAUUGCCGACUGCAGUGAGGAGCUCCCCGAGUUGGAUAAAUGGCCCUGUGUGACUGCGCUGGAUAAAGCCCUGAGGAAUCUGCGUAAGAUUAACAUGCAGCAGAUAGUGCAGGCGGCACUGGCGCUCAAACACGGACCAGAGACCGAGCUGAGUGCAGUGCUGGAGCAAGCGGAGGACUGGACCCAGAGACUACGCCACCUAUCUGAGGAG